GUCUUUAUUUUUUUGUCACAGUGAAACUGUAUAUAUUUUUUUUUUUUUCAUAUGAGCGAUUCAGAAUACGAGGAAGAGACGACCUAUGUCGUAUUCGACUUGGGAAGCAUAGCCCCUUCAGAAUUUAUAGACGAAGUUUCUAUCAAAAAUGGUGGCUGUAGAAUCAUUGGACUGGAAGAAGGAAAACCUUACUUACAAUUAGGUGAACUUACAUUAGAAGGCACUGUCGAUGAAACCAUUGGCACUCACCUAAUGUUUGAAAUGCAAGAUAAAGAUCCUUCCAAAAUCCCGCCUUCUUUAGCCGCUGUCAACCCCAACAAAUCUGAGCCAAAGGAGACAAAAAAGACAUUGGUAUACCAGUGCUCCACUGAGAAUGUGGUUACGUUGGAAACUAUUACCUUGACACCAAAAGUUGCACAACAACCUAAAUCCACUCCAAGUGAAACCUCAAUUAUUGAUGCUAUCUGUUAAAGGAGAAUGACACUACAAUCUUAACAAAGCAAUAAAAGAUUUUUAUAAGAUGAUGCUUUUCGAUCCAGAAAUUAUAGCUGACAUUGAGCAUAAUUGACCCACAGACUUAAGUGAUCUGUGUGACCGAUGAAUGUAGCUGAAACGGUCAGUGGUAUAAAGGGAGAUAGAGUACUUUUAGGCGUUCGG